AUGUCGUUGAGGGUUGUUAGAAGACCUAUAAGGGCAAUAUUUAACCCUAGCAUAAAUGUAUUGAAAACACCUUCAAUAAGAGGUUUACAUAUAACGAAGCGCUUACUUCAAGACCAAAAGAAGACCGAAAAAGAUGGAAAGGACGAGAAAAUAAACGCUGAAAUAAGAAAAUUAAAAGAGCUUAAGGAAACAUAUCGCAACGCAGGUUUUUUCGAAAAGUUGAAAUUACAUAGUCAGUUAUUGAAGCAAGAAGCCAAGGUUACCGAAGCUCAAGAAUCGAAGUUGAAUGCGAACAUUCCGGCGCCAGUGAUGAAGUUUGAUGAAGAUCCUAUGUCAGUGGAGAAUUUGGCUAGGUACCAAGUGAUCUACUCUUUCAUGUUAACGACAUUUGUACGUGAAUGUGAGGCUUAUACCAGACCACAAUCUGUAAAUUUUAAUCCUGAUGCGUUAAUUGACGAUAUAAUUGAUAGCUUCAAAGAAUUCCAUCCAGAAUAUGCACCAGUUACAAAGAAUGAUGUGUUGUUUUACUUCCAUGUGUAUCACUUUUUACUGAACAAUAUCAUCUUCAUGGAUGAAUUAAACUUCGAGGAUCCUGUCGUUGCAAAGUUAUUGAAUUCUUAUGUUAGCAUGAAUCCAGAGGACAAUGCAACCGAACAGGCGAAAAAAGUAGCCGAUGAAAUGAAUGUAAAUGAAGAUGUAGUUAUUGGCUGGUUUAAUAUAUUUUCAAUCUUAUCAUCGACACCAUUUGCGAAACCUGGCCAGAAAUAUACUUGCUCAUUAUGUCCUACAGAGUAUGCUCGUUUUCAGGUGUUCAAUUCUCAAGUUGAUGCUAUUCAAGAUAAGUUUUCAAAGAUUUAUAAUGAUGCUUUUAAAAAAUCGAACAGUGCCAAUACUAAACAAAAUUCCAAUGCUAAUCCAGGAUUGAACAACUUCAUAUUUCAGAAUAAUGAUUCCAAGAAGAAUUCUCAAGAUGAUAAAAAGAAUGGUAAAAAUAAAAAUAAUAAAGACAAAAAAUCCAUGGAGUUUGAAAUCAAUCUCAAUGGAUCCCCAAUGAAGUAUUUUCAGCUUGGACUUUUGGGUGGUCUUUUAAUGUACGUUUUGUAUAAUUUGUCCCAAGACAGUGAUAAUGAAAUCUCAUUCCAAAAGUUUGCAGCUGACUUUUUGAGUAAGAAUCUUGUGUCGAGAUUAGUUGUUGUCAAUAAUAAAACUGUAAUCGUGGAAUUGAAUGAUAAUGGUAAAGCACAAUAUGGAAACCAUCAAGGUCGCUUAUAUUUCAAUGUUGGAUCUAUUGAAUCAUUCGAACGUAGUUUACGUCAUGUUCAAGAGGAGUAUAAAAUUGCCGAACAGGUUAGAGUUCCGGUAGUAUAUGUAAAUGAAGGUAACACCACAAAGAUGUUGAUUAACUUUUUACCAACAAUAUUAUUCUUGGGUGCUAUUUACUACAUGACUAAAAAGGCUAGUAUGGGUGGAAUGGGUGGUCCAUUGGGAUUUGGUAAAUCUACUGCAAAGAAAUUCAAUCAAGAAACAGACAUAAAAAUUAGAUUUAAGGAUGUUGCAGGUAUGUCUGAAGCGAAAGAAGAAGUCAUGGAAUUUGUUAAGUUCUUAAAAAAUCCUGAGAAAUAUGAAAAGCUAGGAGCUAAAAUUCCAAGAGGUGCCAUUUUAUCGGGUCCACCUGGUACUGGUAAGACCCUUAUAGCUAAAGCCACUGCGGGUGAAGCCGAUGUUCCAUUUUACUCUGUCUCAGGAUCUGAAUUCGUAGAAAUGUUUGUCGGUGUUGGUGCAUCUCGUGUUCGUGACUUGUUUAAGACUGCCCGUGAAAAUGCACCAUCAAUAGUAUUCGUUGAUGAAAUUGAUGCUAUUGGUAAACAACGUUCAAAGGGAAAUGCUAGUGGUACCAACGAUGAACGUGAAACUACUUUAAAUCAAUUAUUGGUUGAAAUGGAUGGGUUUGAAAGCUCAGAUCAUGUUGUUGUUUUGGCAGGUACGAACAGAGCAGACAUUUUAGAUAAAGCUUUGAUGAGACCAGGUAGAUUUGACAGACAUAUUACUAUUGAUAAUCCUGAAUUGUUAGGACGUAAAGAAAUCUUCCAAGUUCAUUUGAAAAAAAUUACGUUAGCUAAGAAUAUCGAUCAUGAUUUGCCGGGUCGUUUGGCUGCUUUAACACCAGGAUUUUCUGGUGCAGAUAUUGCAAACGUUUGUAAUGAAGCCGCUUUAAUUGGUGCGAGAUUUAAUGCUGAAGCCGUUACCUCAAGACAUUUCGAAUUGGCAAUUGAGAGGGUUAUAGGUGGAAUUGAAAAGAAAUCCAAAAUUUUGAACGCUGAAGAACAAAGGGUUGUUGCCUACCAUGAAGCAGGUCAUGCUGUUUGUGGUUGGUUUUUGAAACAUGCUCAUCCAUUAUUGAAAGUUUCUAUCAUUCCUAGGGGCCAAGGUGCUUUAGGUUACGCACAGUACUUACCACCGGACCAAUACUUGAUGUCUGCUUUACAAUUAGAGGAUAGAAUGAUUAUGACUUUAGGUGGUAGAGUUUCAGAAGAAUUACAUUUUGAUUCAGUAACAAGUGGUGCCCACGAUGACUUCAAAAAAGUCACCAACAUUGCCCAAUCAAUGGUUUUAAGAUUUGGUAUGUCUAAGAGAGUUGGUAUGGUCAACUACGCCGACACCCAAUCUCAGGAUAACUUAACCAAGCCAUUCAGUGACGAAACCAACUCUAUCAUAGAUGAGGAGAUUCAAAGAAUCGUUAGAGAAUGCUACCAAAAAUGUGCAGAUUUAUUGAAGGAGAAAUCUCAUGAAGUUGAACUAGUAGCUCAAGAGUUAUUGAGAAAGGAGUAUAUCACCAGGGAAGACAUGAUUAGAUUAUUAGGUAAGAGGCCUUUCCCAGAAACCAAUGAUGCCUUUGAUAAAUAUCUUGAUGGUAAGGAUGUUUUCAAAAACGAGAAGCCUGCAGAUGAAAAAAAAGAUGAUGCUGAAUAA